AUGGAGGAACUAGACUACGCGCUGCAGUCGCUGCCGUCUUGUCAACGGUGUCGGCGGCUGAGGAAGAGAUGUGAUCCCCAAAUGCCGGCCUGUCGUCUUUGCCAGAGUGCAAAGGUCGACUGUACCAUUUUCGAUCACGCACUACAGCAGACGUUGUCACGGAAGUAUAUCCAGUCUCUCGUCACACGCCUGGACAGCCUCAAGGCAAAGUACGCCACCGUCACACAAGGGGCAGAUGCAGGCCGACAAGACCUUUCCGAGAACGUUCCAGGUGGCUUGGAGGCGCAUCCAGUGCCAAGAGCCUCUCCGUCUCUCGCAGAAUCAAUAGCCGAUACUGACCUCGGGGGAGACUUCAACAACCAUUUUCCCGUCCCCAGCGUCAAUGGCUUGACGUCCCGAUUCUACGGUUCAAGUUCAGUAUUUGCGCUUGCAGUUGAGGUUCUCGCGCUGGCCUCCGACAAGAAGCUCUUCACGCCUUCGGACCCGUUGGAGCCUCUGCUUUCGCCACAAGACGGCCAUGACCGAGACUUGGAUGCCGUGGCCCCCACAGCGGUCUUUGAUACGGGAAGGGACUUUGUCCAGUCCCUUAUCACGGACUACAUGGCGUCCAUCAACGUGAUCCAUCCGUGCAUCGUCGGGACUCACCUCGAAAAGGACAUUGAUCGAUUCCUGGCCACGAGCGGAGCCCUGGAGUUCGACGCAGAGAAACUGCAGCGGACCGAAAAAUACCAAUGCUUCCGUAUCGCCAUGAUGUGCUCCAUCUCCUGCGCCGCCAAGGCACGGCACAGUCCCAGCCUCGUAGCGUACGGUAAUCAGUUCUAUGCGCAGGCAGUGAGGUAUGUUGAAGAAGUCACGGCCGAGGUGUCACUGCAGUCCCUCGAAGCGCUCCUCCUCCUCGUGAUUUACUGUCUCUUUAACCCCCGCAAAGGCAAUAUCUGGAAGAUUCUCGACUUUGCCUGCCGCUUGAGCAUACAGCUGGGCUACCACACUGAGCAGGGUCACUCGGCAUUGGAGAGCGAAGAUGAAAAGACCUGGAGGCGAACAGCGUUCUGGAGCCUCUACUCCAUCGAACGGUUGGUAGGGCAAUGUUUCGGUCGACCGUCAGAUCUGCCCACUUCUAUCAUCACCACAGAGUAUCCGACCGUACUCACAGACCCGACGCUCUUGGACGAGGAAUCGAGACAAAAGGCCUCGGCUGCUCAGGGAUUUCAUCUCAUGUUCCUUCGAUCAGAGAUAUACACGGAGAUAUACCUUUCGGCCAGCAGCCCGCUUCCACAGCCGAGCUGGUUCCUCGAGCAACAGGCCGCGUUGCGACAAUGGUACCAGAAUCACAGCCAAAGACCCUACAUCAACGACAGUCAGAAUGUCGCAGGGGUGAGCGAGGUCACACGCGACAUCAUGUACCACUCGUCGGUUCUCUUCCUCUUCCAGCGCCAUCUUCUCGAGGCGCUUGGCGCCGUUCGGUGGAACAACGAUCCAUCACAACAGAGCUUGACCCGGUCGAACCCCCCUAUGACCAUCAGUUCGGAACCCUACCACUCCUCGAAGAUUCUGCUGAGGCUGUACACCCUCAUUAUCCGCUCGACGACGACAUCCAAGUCCCCGGUUUCCAUCUUCCCCAUCACGUUCCUCGUCGCGUACUCGAUCUUCCAAGCAGGUAUGACACUCAUAUCCUACGCUCUUCUCUCUCUCGAGCCCGCUGCUGCGGUUGUCGAGAUCCGAACGCCCUCCCCUCUCACUCCCGAAGCACACCGGGACGUGGAGAUGGGGAGCAAUGGAGAGCCGAAGCUCGACUUCUCUGACCUGCUUGGUCUGUCCAACGACUGCCUGGUACUCCUUUCCUGGUGCAAAGAGCAAUGGCCCGGUAUGGAGGGCAUGGUGGACGCCUUUGCUAGAUGCAGUGCAGCGACAAUACCGAAGGUGCUGAGGACAUGA